ACGGCCGUAAGAAAGAACUCUUCACAAUCACAACAAUUAGUUUUAGUCAAAUGUCUCGAAAAUGUAUUUUUAUUGUGAUAAAUGAUAAUAACCUCUAAUAAUUUUUAUUAUGUCGGAAACUUCUAAUAAUAUAGGAGCGAGGCCUGGCUCCAUAUUCAGAAUUGCGUUAGAAAACUUCCUUACAUAUAAAGAAGUAGAGCUGUUCCCAAACACAUCACUGAACCUGAUCAUUGGUCCCAAUGGAACAGGGAAGUCUACGUUUGUCUGUGCAAUCAUACUUGGACUAUGCGGUAAGCCCCAACUUACGGGCCGAUCAAAAAAGAUAAAUGACUAUGUGCGCACUGGAUGCGAAAAGGCAAAAAUUGAGAUAGAAUUAUAUAAGGAACCGGGUGAAAGAAAUGUGAUUAUAACGAGGACUUUCAAUUUGCGAGGAGAGUCUUUGUGGGCGAUUGACUAUAGAAGUGUGAAAGAAAAAACUGUUCAGGAUUUAGUAACUAGUUUGAAAAUACAAGUGGACAACCUAUGCCAGAUGUUACCGCAAAACAGAGUCCAAGAUUUCUGCCAAAUGAACCCUCAGGAAUUGCUCAAGAGAACGCUAGCAACGAUCGGUGACCAGGAGGCCAUAGGGCAAAUGAACAAUUUGGUAAAUUACAGAACCGAACAAAGACAGUUGGACAACAAAAUGCAAACUAACACAAAAUUAAUCGAGGAACAGAUGACAUUACAUGAAACCUUAAAAAAGAAAAUAGAAGCUAUGCGACAUCGAAACGAGUAUGAAAAGAAAAUUAGUAUAUGUGAAAAGAAGAAACUGUGGCUUCAAUAUAAACUGUUAAGUGCCAGAGCGGCGCAGACCGAGACUCGCAUGGCGGAGGCUCUGAAAAUAGUCAAGGCUAGUCACAAGAAGAAGCAGCCAUUGGAAAUGGCUGUACAGAGAUUGAGAGAAGAAAAAAUCAAAUUGGAACAGGAAAGAGCAACAGGGAGUAGAAAAAUAAAUGAGCUAGCGGAUAAAGUGAAAGAGCUGCUAAACGGCAUCCAGGACUACGAUAGACAGAUCAAGGAGGUGGACCGCGCUUUUGAGGAGAAGCUGCAGAGGCACAGGAAUAGAGAGAGAGAGUUGGUCGAGGCCAGAACGAAACUCGACAAACUGAAGAACGACAGAACUAGCCUCAUUGAGAAAUUCGGCGACGAGAAAAUAGCAAAUGAGAGAGCAAGAGCGCUGAGGGAACGUAUAAGCGAAAUACAAUCACAAAUCCACAGCAUUCAGAGAAGCAAAGCCAGGAAGGAGAUGGAAUAUGAACAGCAGACUCUACCCAACCUUAGGAUAUUGAAAAACAAAUUAAGGAAGCUAGAAGAUGUUGAAACGAAGCGCUUAGAGACUUUGAAGGAAUACAGCGAGGACACCUACAAGGCGCUGGAGUGGCUCAACGAGAACAAGGACUUGUUCCAUGACCAGGUCUACGGGCCCAUGAUGCUCGAGUUGAAAUUCACGCAUCCGGAGACCGCCCGCUACCUCGAGUCGACGGUCUCCAGCAAGGACCUGGUCGCCUUCACGUUCCAGUCCAGCCGCGACAUGAACCUCUUCCUGCAGAGGGUCCGCGAGGAGCUGCAGCUGCGCGCCGUCAGCGCCCUCUGCAGCCGCGCCGGGGACUUCAGCGCGCCCCACCACGACAUCAGGGAACUCAGCUACCUCGGGUUCCAGAGGACGCUGGUGGAGGGUGUCGCGGCGCCGGGCCCGGUGCUGCGGUACCUGUGCGAGCAGUACCACGUGCACAGGAUCCCUAUCGGGAACGACCACACGUACCACCACAGCGAGAACGUGCCGGACCACGUCACGCUGUUCUUUACAACGCGGCACCGGUUCAGCGUGCGCGUGUCGCAGUACAGCGGCGCGCGCGCCAGCACGGUGGGCGAGGUGCGGCCGCCGCGCCUGCUCGCCAACGCGCGCGACGCCGACCUCAUCCGCACCUGCGCGCUACAAUUGAAAACAUUAAAUGCGACCUCGGAAAGCCAAUUGGCCGCCAUCAAGAGUCUGGGAGAUCACAUCUCGGAGCUGGAACAAAGGCAGGGCCAACUAAAUAAUGAAUUGAAAGUUAUUAAAGACAAUGCAUCAAAGAUCGCAGAGAUAUCGUGCCAAAUAAGAGUUCAGGCGAGGAAAGUGGAGGGCAUCGAGAACGAGGAGUCCUUCGACGUCGCCGCCGAGUCGAGCCGCGCCGCCGCACUGCGGGCCCGCGCCGCCGCCGCGCAGAGCCGCCUGCACGCGGGGGGCGCGGGGGCGCUGCGCCGUCUGCACGCCGCCGCCGCCGCGCCCGCGCUGCUCAAGGUUAAACUGGAGAUAAUACGCGAUGAGAUCGUGAAACGGGAAUCAGAAUUGAUCGAUCUGAGAACCGAACUGGACGAAGCCAAGAGAUCCUUGGAGUUGGUCCAGACGCAGCAUGCCGAAGCCCAGUCGAGAGCGGCCGCCAAGCUGUCUCAGGUGCGGGCUCGCUGCGGCGCCGCGGACCCCGCCGACCCCGCCGACCCCCUCGCGGCGCUGUUCCGCGACCUGCCCGACGAGCUGGACGCGCUGGCCGAGCGCUGCUACGAGCUGCAGACCAGCGUCGACUGUAUGGACAAGGAGACCGGCAACGUGAUAAAGGAUUACGAGGACUGCGAGAAAGCGAUAGAGGCGCUCCAAGCUGAGAACAAGAGUGUUGACCGACAGAACCAGACCUUGCUGCGGCGGAUGGACACGCUCAGCACGCAAUGGCUGCCGACCGUCGAGAAACUUCUCCAGGAGAUCGACAAACGUUUCGGCGAGAUGUUCGCGUUGCUGAACUGCGCCGGCGAAGUGAGACUCGACAAAGGGAACAGCGACGAGGACUACGAUAAGUACGGCGUGGUCGUGCUGGUGAGGUUCCGGGAAUCUGAGGAGUUGCAGCCGCUCUGCCGCAAGAGGCACUCCGGGGGGGAGCGCGCGCUCUCCAUCGCGCUGUACCUCAUGGCCCUGCAGAGGCUCUUCACAGUGCCCUUCAGAUGCGUGGACGAAAUAAAUCAAGGCAUGGACGAGAUCAAUGAACGCAAGAUGUUUCAACUCCUGGUUCAAGUGACGAGUGAAUGUGAGAACUCCCAGUAUUUCCUGUUGACGCCCAAACUACUGUCCAAUCUGGAGUACAACGACAAGAUAAUGGUCCACACCAUCAUGAACGGGAAACACGUCAUGAAAUAUAAAGAAUGGAACCACGACGCGUUCGUGCAGAGGGCGCGGCAGCUGAGGAGAUCCUGAACUGUGGUUCAGGGGUCCCAGGUUUACACUAAACAAUUUCAAAAAUAUUGAAUGCUGUUAUUUAGUACCUUUAGUGUCAUUUAUUUUUGUUAUUAGUACCUUUAGUGACAAUUUUUUGUUAUUAGUACCUUUAGUGACAAUUUUUUGUUAUUAGUACCUUUAGUGACAAUUUUUCGUUAUAAUACCUUUAGUGACGAUUUUUUUAACACUUAUCAUGAAAAUUAUUUAGUCUAAUCUUAUAUGCAAUUAAGUUUGUUUAAAAAAAAACUUUUAUUGUUCAUUUAACGAUUUUACAAAUGUAUCUAAACGAACAAACAAACUUUCUAUUCGUAAAAUAGAAAGCCAGUCGUAUCGGUAGAUAAUCGCGCGCCAUGAGGUCGAAUGUCUCAAACGCAUGUGGCGGGUAGCCAUCAUACAACGCAAGAUAUUUGACAGAUGCCUGAAUCUCGCUUACGACAUUUUCAAGAUAAGCUCGCAUAUAUACAAGUUCCGAACAACAUUCGGAAAUUCGGACCGUCGGUCUACCGAGCAAUAUCACCCGCUCGGUGGAAGAUUUUCCCUUCGUCGUAUAUUUCCAAAACGCACUUAAGUUCCCAAUAUUCUCCCCUGUGUUCCGUUACACAUAAGAAACAAGAUCUUUGAUUAUCAAAUAUAUAAAAUAUUCCAACCGUUAAGUUAAUCCUCACCUAUCCCAAUGCGGACACAAAUACAAGACUACCGCCUAUUCUAUUUUUUAAAA